CGAAAGUUCUUGAAUUCAAUCUUGAUCCAGCAGAUUGGCAUUCUUGUGUCGUCUGCUGAGGCGCCUGUAAUAGUCCUAGGUUUCUGGGAUCCACUGAGGCACAGCAUUGCCGUUAAAAAGCGAGGCGCCAAGUUAGAAACCUGUGGAAGUUUAAUUGUUUGAAACGCCAGUUCCCUGUCCAGCAGCAUGGCGUCGAUCACAUGCAGGAUGCCAACGGGGCUCUCCGUGGGUGGGACUUUGGGGGUGGCCCAUAAAGAUGUGGGAGCUGGAAGCAGACAAAAGCUGUCUCAGGUGUCUCCGGUCUCCUCAUAUUCUGGCCUCCGUCCCCUGUGGUCUCAAAAACGCACCGCACGUGCUUCCGGGUAUUCGUCCAGCUCCGGGGCCUCUCGCCGAAGUGUUCAAGUGAAGGCACUUUUGAACCCUCAAGAUGACCCCAUUAUCAACGAGGCGCUCAAGGAACCCGUUGCCUUUUUCGGUGGUCUGUUCUCGGGUCUCCUUAGAUUAGACCUGAAAGAGGAGCCCUUGAAGGACUGGCUAGAAAAGACGGCAGACGCUGCAGGGGUGAAGCCUGAUGGGAGCGUAGACUCCAUAGUUAUCGAAGAUGAAGAAGGGCCAGUUGAGAUCGAUAUCGAAAUUGAUUAACGCAGCGCUGCAGUAAAGCGCCAGAGUUUCCUGUUAUCAAGCUGAUUUCCCAAUCAUUGGACCCCAAUAAUUUUGUACAUACUGAGUUGGAUAGAGAUGCCACAGAAAGGAGCAGACGGGUUAAGAAUGAGCAUGGAGUAACUCCUUAUUGAAUGAUUCUUGAAUUGUCACCGUCCAUACCUUCCGUGAUUUGUAUGAUGAGAACUCGAGGAGUAUUCUGGCUCGU